AUGCCGUCUUUUAUAAAUGAACGUAGUUUAAGUGACAUGGAAGAAGAAGAAGAAGAAGAACAAGACGACGUUGUGACGACACCAUUACAAGAGAUUGAAGAUUGUAGUAAUUCCAAUGUGGUGACGAAAUAUCGUCUCGCUGCUGAGAUUGUACAAUCGGCUUUAGAAGGGGUGUUAUCUCAAGUGGCAGCGGGGAAAAAUGUCGUGGAAUUGUGUCAAUUUGGUGACUUGAUUGUAACGCAACGAUGUGGUACAAUCUUUAAAAACAAGAAAAUUGACAAAGGGGUGGCGUUUCCAACGUCUAUUUCGACCAAUGAAAUCAUUUGUCAUUAUUCCCCUCUAGUGAAUGAAAGUAUGACGUUAAAGGCCGGUGAUUGGGUGAAAAUUGAUCUUGGCUGUCAUAUUGAUGGGUACGUGGCGGUUGUGGCCCACACGACAAUUGUCCCAAUCGAAGGCACAGCUGCUGACGCGGAUUUUCCGGACCUUGAAGGCGACGAAGCGAAUGUACUGAAAUGUGCUCAUGAUGCAGUCGAACUUUGUACGAGACUGAUUAAACCUGGUAAUACAAAUUUGCAAGUGACGGAAGCGUUGACACGAUUGGGAGAAUCGUAUGGGGUCAAGAGUCUUCAGGGAACGCUCAUGCAUCAAUUGAAACGGUUUGUUAUUGAUGGCAAUAAGAUGAUUGCUCAAAAAAUGGACGUUGAGAAUCGGACACCAAAAGUUACGUUUGAACCUCAUGAAGUGUACACAAUUGAUGUGUGCUACACUACGGGAAGUGACAAACCUGUGACAAGUGAACGUCGGACAACGGUGUUUAAACGUCAAGUGGACAAACAGUAUCGUCUUAAGAUGAAGGCGUCCCGUUAUGUCUUUAAGGAGAUUAACAAGAAAUUUCCGACCUUGCCAUUCACGAUUCGAGCUUUUGAGGAUGAAAGUCAGGCUCGUAUGGGUGUGGUCGAGUGUGUCAAGCAUGAUUUGCUGCAAGCCUAUCCGAUCUUGGAGGCUCGUCCUGGUGACAAGGUGGCUCACUUUAAGGUGACAGUGUUGCUGCUUCCCAGUGGCACGACCAAGAUUACGGGUCUUGCAUUCCCAAGUGACCGUGUUCACUCGGACAAGACUGUCGAUGAGGAGACGGCCAAGAUUCUUGCUACCUCGUUGAAGAAGAAGAACAAGAAGAAGAAGAAAAAAGUCACCACCUAA